AGAAAGCGGGACCUGCCCUCCCGUCGCCAUUUUUCGGGCUAACACUCGCACUURUGGGGACUCGAGUGAGAGGUGGGACUCCCUGAAAUCGGGGGGAAAAAACGCUUUAAAGCAGUUCGCCGAGCCGGGGAGGCUUCGCGAGCCGUUGGGAAUGCACGCGGAAGCUUCGCCUCUGUGAGUCCAGAGCCCCCCUGAGAUGCACGCGCGGCAGGCAAGCAGCUGCUGUGAAACAAUUUCUUGUGUGAAGACGUGUUGCGGGGCCGCCGCCAUUUUUUCUUGCUGUGUUGCCUCUAAAGUCUGCUGCGACCCGAGAGAGGGGGACUGAAAACCCUCUUUUUGUGACGUGUGCCUUUAUUGUAAGAAAGUAAAGAGGAUUCAAAGUAUUUAUCUCGUUAUAUGCUUUCGGCUUUUGCCCGGCUUUCGCUGUCAUGGGGAUUUAUCAGAUGAACAACUGAGGCCACCUUUUUCCGRUCAUAACUGACACUGACUGAAGGAGAUAAAUUAUUUGAAGAAAAGCUUGGUGAUUUCUCGGAAGGCGGAACGAAAAGGAGGAAGCUUCAUUGAUCGUUUGUUGCAUUGGCCUCCGUUGGUUUUGUUUGUGAGGACUCUUCGUUUUGGUUUGGCCCCUGCAACAAUUUUUCUCGAGACCUACUGAGCUAAAGAAAUGCUCCAAAGUUGGAUCAAGCAAACUGCUGCCUUUUUCAGAUAAGGUUUUAUUUAUCAUUAUUAAGUCAACAACGUCUGCAACGUCGGUAUAGAAAUUAUUAGGSGGUGGAAACGCUACAGGGCGACUGCAUGCCCUGCCUUGCAUCUCCCAAAUACCAGAGUUUGCAGUGAAAACUAGAACACAUUUUUAUUUUGAACUUGUUAACUUAUUUGUUUGAGCAGAAAUGUCCACUGCUCGCUUUGACUCGUCGGAUCGGUCCGCCUGGUACUUUGGACCCGUGUCUCGACAGGAGGCACAGAACCGGCUACAAGGACAGAGACACGGCAUGUUUCUGGUUCGAGAUUCGUCCACCUGCCCCGGCGAUUACGUGCUGUCCGUGUCCGAGAACUCCCGGGUUUCUCACUAUAUCAUCAACUCUUUGCCCAGCAAGAGGUUUAAGAUCGGCGACCAGGAGUUUGAACACCUCCCGGCUCUCCUGGAGUUCUACAAAAUCCACUACCUGGACACGACUACGCUAAUAGAGCCAGCUCCCAGGUACCCCAGCACCAUCAGCAGUCCCAUCCAGCCUCUGAUUGGCCAAGAGGAGAACCAGGAGUUUGUGCGGACACUAUAUGACUUCACAGGCAGCGACGCGGAGGACCUUCCUUUCAGAAAAGGUGAAGUACUCAUCAUCCUCGAGAAGCCAGAGGAACAGUGGUGGAGUGCCAAAAAUAGAGAUGGACGUGUCGGGAUGAUCCCCGUGCCCUACGUGGAAAAAUUGGUACGGCCUCCUCCCCAUCCUGGCCAGCCCACACACGGAUCUCGCAACUCCAACAGCUACGGGAUACCCGAGCCCUCCCACACCCUCGUAAACGCCUACGCCCAGCCCCAGACGUCUUCUCCGCUGCCUUCCGGCACAACUGGAGCAGUUAUCAACCCUCUACCGUCGACACAGAAUGGCCCUGUCAUGGCAAAGGCCAUCCAGAAACGAGUGCCUUGUGCUUAUGACAAAACUGCUCUUGCUUUAGAGGUUGGCGAUCUUGUUAAAGUGACACGGAUGAACAUCAGCGGUCAGUGGGAGGGCGAGGUAAACGGGCGAAGGGGGCUCUUCCCUUUCACCCACGUCAAAAUCAUAGACCCCCAAAAUCCCGACGAGAGUGACUGACGCAGGAAUCCAGCUGGAGCCUCUCCCCGGUAUUGAUGUAUACCUGAGUCUGCUGGCUGUGUCCACAUCUCCUCCCCCCUCGCCAGUGUCGCAGUUCUGCGCUUGCCUGCUUGUGGGGUUGUACCACGAGAGCGACCCCCCCCCCUCUGUUGUCGUUGCCAGCCGCUGCAAGGCUUUCUGACUGUUUACAGCUGUUGGACAUCGAGUCUAAACUAAAACAUGACCCAGUUUCUCUUGGCUCCAUUUUAUUUUUCUUUUAGUUGUAGACUGAAUAUUUUAUUUUGAAAUCCAGAUCAUCACUGGGCAUCAGUGUGAGUGUUUUUUUUUUUUGUCAAAGUGCAUGUUGUGCGUGUUCACAAUGGAUAUUUACCAUAUUUCAUCCUGUCUGUUUUCUCCCUGAGUAUUUGUCAUGUUGGAUGUUUCUUUGAAUUUCUGAAAGUGUGUAUGUGUGUUGUUGACGUGAGGAUGUUUGUAUGUCCAGUAAAUACAGAUGGGGGGAGUUUCACCCCAAUGGACUUAAGAGUACCAACAUCACAGGGAGCUGACCAGCCUGUAAUUUUAUUUUAUUAUUUUUUUAAUGAUCAAGUCACUGUUUUACCUUUUUAGCCAUCAGCAUGCACACAUUAACUUCUGGCRAUAAAUAAACGAGUUUGACCAGUUAUGUAUUUUUAAAGGCUGUAGAAGCAGAAGGAUUGGAUAUGUGGGGCUUUAGUUAAUUCAUGUCAUAGACCACGCCCCCUUUUCAUCUCAACACACAUUUAUAUUAUUAUAAAUCCUUGACAUGGCCAUAUGUUAAUGUUUGUUCCCUGUUUGUGCCAGCUGCUCUAAAGCAUUUUUUGUCAUUCAUUAUGAGACCUGUCUUUUAAAGGGCAACUUUUUAAUUUUAUUUUUAUUUUUUGUUAAUAUAACAAGACAGUUCAGCAGGCUUUUAGUGCUGUCAGAACWGAGCGCUAAAAGAAAUACUUCAACAUUUUAUGUAGGAGUGCCAAGUUUUUAUCUGGUUUCCAAAAAAUGUCAGCAAGCACCAUGGGCCCCACUUCCAAAUGUCCAACUUCUAGAUAAACUAAAAAUGACAUUUUUAGUGUUUGGACUGAAAUAAAAGACUUGACUUUUCAGUARUGGGUCAGGACAAGAGUAAUGUUUCAGCAAGCUAAUAAAAAAUCCCAUAAAUGCCUUCAGAACCAUAGAAUGAAUUUCAUAUUUGAGUGCUUGAGGUCCCAUGUGACUUUGUUUUAAAUGAGUUUAAUUUUUAAUUUUUUGUGAGCGUGAACAAAGUCUCGUAGAGCAUAAGGGCGGACUAUUUMUUCAUAUAACCAGUUGCAUCCAGUUUUGCUGAUUCGUAGGAAUUUAAGAUUAAACAGUUGUGCAAACAGUGCAAAUUUCUGCUGUAAAAAACUAAUCAUUUUCUCCCCGUUGUUGCCGUUUGGUGCUCAGCGUUCUCCUUGCUCAGUGAUUCUGGUCAGUUUGUUUUUAAAUCAAGCAUUUGAAAACGAGUGAAGUGUUUUUUGUAAAAGGGAAAAAUGCCUGCUGGUUGCCUCUGUGCAUGACCUCUUGGCCAGCGAGUUAGAUUACCUGGUCAAAUGCUGCUUAUUGUCAUUUCUGUCAUUCAGUAAAAGUUUCUCAGAUUUUAAUCCUACCUGUGCAAACGACUCAGUAGGUUUAACUUGUUGAAAUGAUUAAAAUCUAAUCAAGCAAUACACCCAGAUUAUUUCUUUACUCCAGGUGAACUUGUUUAUCUCGCUUCCAGAUUUUUGUUCUGUUUUAUUUUGUAAUUGCAUUAACAGUAUUACUGUGCUCUCUUCUCAUAUUCUAGGAAAGCCUGACCUUUACUUAAAAACUAAAAAUUGUGCCUUUUUUUAUUUUCUUAUGCCAUUUACAUGUGUUAAUAUUUCCCAUGGUUAACACCUGUGCUGGUAAUGACCCCUAUUAUGUACAGAACAAGUAAAAUAAACAAAUGUCUACUUCUUUAA